UCCAACCUCGGCGAUUCUGCGAAUGAAGGCGGCGAGGCUCCUGCGUCCCGUUCCGGCGUGAAAGGCAGCACUCGGUGAUUCCGGCCCCGUCCGAGGGCAGAGGCCGGGCAGCGCCGCGGCCGCGUCCCGUCAGCUGCGGGGCGGCUGCGCGCGCCUCUCCCCUUCCUCCUCCUCCUCCUCCCUCCUGCUCCUGCCCCCGACAGGGAUGGAGGCCAUCGAGGAGCUGGCGGUCCAGCCCUGCACCUCCUCCCUCUACCUGCGGCCUUUCCGCCUCUCUUACCGGCAGAAUGGCACUAAGAAGUUCUGGGAUUUUAUGAGGACACAUGACAGUGUGUCAAUCCUGAUCUUUAAUACUUCUCGGCAGUGCUUUGUUGUGGUGAAGCAGUUCCGCCCAGCUGUUUACAUGUGUGAAGUGGAAAGGCAUCAUCCUCAAGUCUUUCAGAAUCAGGGCAAGGAGAGCCUUCCUUCCCUGGAGAACCCCUUACCUGCUGUGGUUGGAGUGACCUAUGAACUCUGUGCUGGCAUUGUGGACAAGCCAGGCCUUUCUUUAGAAGAAAUUGCUUGUGAGGAAGUCUUGGAAGAGUGUGGCUAUCGUGUUUCCAUUGCAGACCUCAGGAGGAUCACUUCUUACAGAUCUGGAGUUGGUGUGACAGGCUCUAGGCAGACACUGUUUUAUGCAGAAGUAAAUGACCAGAUGAGAACCAGUGGAGGAGGUGGCCAGCCUGAAGAAGGAGAGCUGAUUGAAGUUGUGGAAAUACCUUUAGAAGAGUCCAUGAAGUUUGCUUAUGAUGAGACUUUCCCGAAGACAAUGGGUGUCAUCUUCAGCUUCAUGUGGUUCCACAGCAACAUAGCACCUAAACUACCCAAAAAGUAAAGCACCAUGAUUUUAAUCAAAGCUUUUCUGCUGGUGUUGUAUAUGCAGAAAGCUGCAAAUCUGCCUGCCUCAAUCAACUCAACUUCUCACAAGACAAAUCUUUCUUCAAAUAAAUUUGGAAGUGAAAUCGCAAUUUAAAUCAUCACACAAUUUCCAUUAUUAGCAAAACACUUAGUGGCAUCACUGGGGCCAGGAUUUGACUUGGAGAGGCAAAUGUUGAUUUUUGUGUAAAGGUUAAGUGAAUGUGUCCAGUUCUCCUUUUUGGCAGCACUGUUUUGAAGAGCUGCCCAAGCCCUCAGCACAGCUGCCUCAGGAGCCUCUCACCAUGUCUGUACAUGCUGACAACUGUGUAUUCAUUGUCAGUUUUGAUAUUUUUUUGAAGAAAGCAGCAAACCUUAAUAGUCACAGAUACCUUAACAAUGUUCCUGAGUGCAGCACAGCUUUCAGGGAGCAGCUUUCUCUGUGGUGUGUGGCUCCUGUGCAGAGGAGGAGUUUGCAUUUCUGAACAUGCAAACCUUUAUUUCAUAAGCAAACAGGUCUGUAAAUCCUUCCGCUAUCGUGUCCCUUUGACAAUGGAGCAGCUGUAAGAUUAUGUGCUCCUGAUUGUUCCCAUCACAAUGCUGGGCAGCAGUGAUGGUGAUGGAGGGGUGAAGGAUGGGGGCUUCUGCUGGAACACAUGCUUCUUUGUUUGCUUUAUGGGCAAUACUUGAUAAAUUAGAUCAAACUUUGUCCUCUAGCGCAGGACCAGAGAGGCCGAAUUCUUUUAAUUUGACUACAAGGUGACUAACACAAGGAAUUUCUCUGAGGUUUUCUGUGGUCUCAAUUUCCUUAUCAUCCAAAUGAGAGGAAUGGGACUUACCCCUCAGAUAACACUUCUUGGAAUCUAAUGAUUGGAAACGCUUUGUUGUGAUUUUAUCAUGAUUUGUGCAGUUUACAUGGAAGCCUGUGCAACCUGCACAGAGGUACUGAGGAACACAAUUUGAUUUAAUGAAGUGGUCUAAUUAGAACAUAUAGUAGUUGUUCUAUUAGUGUAGUUUGGAUGUGGUGUUUGUCAUGUGAAACUGUUAAGAGCAUGAAUGAGAGUCAAGUCUGGCAAUUUAAUUAUGCACUGGGUUAUGUCAUUCACUGACUUAAUCAACAUGCCCACGUUAUAUGUGUCUCCAGGAGUACUAAGGUGCUAAGUGUGUUUAGAAGAGGACUGCAAAUAUGCAAACUUGAACUGAACAGCUGAACUAAUGUCUGAUGGUGUCCAGUGGAAGAUUUUAAAUUACUGUAUAUCUCAAUACGUGUAUAAAUAAAAAAGGGGUUUUUUUUAAAAAAAAAAGGCUUUUAGAAUUGCUGCUUGCUGGUUCUCCUGAAAGGGAGGAAAGGUCCUUGGAAAGCAACUGAAGAAGGAGCAGACUCUGUCUGUGGAGUCAGACUUUUUGUGAAAGUUCAGACACAGCUGUGUUGAGCUGGGCCUGGUCAAUAGUGAGUCAAGGGCUGAGUUAUUGUGAGAAGCAAAUAAAUUCUGUCUGUCUGAUGUAUUUACAUUGGAAGGUGUUUUAAGGUGGGGUCUCCACUGCUCUGUCUAGUACAGUGUGUCCUGAUUGCUGCUGAGGCCUUUAUGGACUGCUACAGUCCAUAGAAUAAAUAAUGCCUUUUAUUACAGGCUGUAGUUACCAAAGUUUCUAUUUGAUGCCAUCAAAAUUACUGGUCACACAGCAGCCUGUUACCUGGUUAGUGCCAAGCUAAUAAAUGUGUGUGCGUAUAUGUCAAAAGCCUUUUUUCUGUAUAAUGCAGAAAUUGGGAAAAGUAAAAUAUUUUGGCCCC